UCUGAUGUUCGACCUUUCCCAUGCUUCCUAUGCACCCGAGCGUUUGCGCGUAAACAUGAUUUACAGCGCCAUAUUCGCGUCCAUACCGGCGCCAAACCCUAUGCAUGCCCCAGCUGUGAAAAAGCAUUUGCGCGUACCGAUGCCCUCAAGCGACACUUGCGU